CAGAGAGAUACGGUACGAACCCCUCCGGACUUUCAGAACCGAAAAUCAUCGAGAUUAGUGAGCUGCGACUGACAAGAACGGGAGACCGGAUUAACGCCUUUAUGCUCAAACACCUUCUAAAUGUCUGUCAAACGGCACUACAAGGUACUCAGAGGAAAAUCCCAUAAAAAGUCACUUGUCCACACACACUGAGUAAUGCUUUGAGGAAACGCCUAUGCAGGUGGAUCCCUCACCAAUGAAUGGAGGGGAUGGAGGGACGGUGAGCAGAGAGAGCAGAGCUCCUAUCCAAGUGGCUGAGAGCAUGGUGGGGAAUCCACAGCAGACACUGCCUCUUGAACUCAGAGGUGACAUACCUCAAAGUCAGCAGAACAAGCUGAGGACGACCACAGACUGCAAAACGAUCAACGUCUGCUCAGAAGCCAGCAAGGCCAGCAAUUUAAACCAUUGUCUCCAAGUAUAUCCUGCCCAAAUUCAUAACAAUGCUCCUGUGUUCAGCAAUGAUCCUGUGAGCACUCUGAUGCCUGACAGAACUGAGGUUUCCAAAGGCAAGGUUGAUGGUUCUGGCAUCUACUCCACUCACCAGUGGCCUUGUGGUAAAAAGGUCAGUACAGGGGACCCUGUGAACUCUAUUCAUUGUGGAAUAAGCCCAAAUAAGAAGACUAGCACACCAGCACCCCCCCAGCCCCUGAUAAGCCUUCCUUUAGGGUUCCAGUGUUCCACGCUGUUAAAACCAGGCCAGCCUAAUGCUUUCCUUCCCUCCUCAAACUUUUCUUCUCCUCUCUGUAAGAUCACCUUGCCUCCAGGGUUGGGUCAGAUAGCAGCACUGAGAGAAGCCACAGCAAGCCAGUUUCAAAAGGACUGUCCAGUGCAAAGCCCUUGUUCAAGUACAGCACCAAUGCUCAAAACAUACCCAUAUCACUUUUCUGUGGGGAGGGGGCCUGGUGCUGAGAAGAAGCCUCCAUCUUCAGCAUCUAAAGACAGGUGUGAAUCUUUGUCCAAUAAUAAGGGCUUUCAGGGUGGAGCUGAGCAUAAAGCCACAAUGUCCUCCCCAGCUCUUGCCCUUCCAGUACAACAGGUCACUCAAGGCUCAGCUCCACCAACCCGUUACACUAUCUCUCCUACUGCUGCCAUCUGCUGCAGCCCAGCUCUGACUAAUAUCACCACUCAAAGCAGGCUGUUUAACCUUGUAGAAAAAGGUUCAACAUACCGAGGUGCUGAAAAGACCUCUCUAGCAUAUUUGAAACCGAAAACUCUGUCCACUCCUGAGGAGCACAAUAUUUCCUGCCCCAUUGAGUCAAGGGACGUGCCCCUUGAUCUGUCUGCAAAGUCCAAACGACAAAAAAGCAUUAAAGAUACUCAGAACAACCACCCUGUGGCCACAGAACAUCAUUCUACUGAGACUAAUCAGAAAAAUAUUACUAGUUCAAAAAAAGUUCAUUAUGCUUCUUUUGGCUCAGCCGGUACAUAUGGCCAUCAUCCAGACACCCAGAGAAAUGGUGCAACUAAGAAAUCCUCUUCAAAACUGACAAAUCGCCAUGUGUUGGAUCCCGCUGCAUCCUGGGCCAAAGGUUCAUCUCCUGGCUCCUUAAACAACAUGUCUGGUACAUAUGUUGGAGUUGCAAGCCCUAUUCUUGCAUCUACUUUACGUAGCAAAGAUGGAAAAAGUGCUGCUUUUGUUGAAGAUAUUCAGACAUUUGCUAAACAGGAAACCAUCUCGAUCAUUGAUCAAGGAGAGCAGCCAAUUUGUAGAGAUAGGAAGGCACCAUUUUUUGUUAAAGGUUCCCAGCAUAAUAAAGGUGGUAAGCUUUCAACAGGUCCCUUCUCGCCUGGAGCACAAGGAUUUUUAUCGACGCCAUUGGCUGCUACAGCAAAUUUACAUCCUCACCGAAUGUCUGGUGGUGGAAAAGGAGGUACCCAAUUCACACAUCCAGUUAAAUCAUUGUGGCAACCGCCUUGUGUUCUUUCCCAAGGAGCAUCACUGCAGAAGAGGCCAAGUCAGACUCAAGCCCCAAAAACCAAGGACACCCUCUGUUGUGAGAGAGCCCUGUUCCAUAUCUCCCAGUUAAGUCCAACUAAAGUAGAAGAUGAAAAGUGGGAGGAAUCCAAAUCCCCCCUAUCCAAUCUGGAGUCAAUAGUGAAGCAGAAAACUCUUGAGACCACUGCACUUAUGGGUGAAAACUACUGUAAUCUGUCUGCUGUGGGAUCCAAGAGGCCUGAGGUGGUCAGUUUGCAGAACAGGUGUCAGGACUCCACAUUGCAGCAGACUCUUACCUCUGGCUCUCCUUCAUUCAGAGCCAUUAAAGAACAGGUAAAGUCAAACAAAACCUCUCCACACACAGAUGCCACUGCAACUCUAAGUAGACCGGAGGUCACAAACAUGCCUAUUCCCAAUGAAAAGGGACAAGAAAAACAGGUGAAACAGAAUGAAAAUCUGGCAUCUGAUGAGUGUCAAAAAAUGAAAUUUAUUACCCCAAGCAAAAAGAGUACUUCCAGUGUUAAAGGAGAAUGGAAGGAGAGGAAAUUGGCUCAACAGUUAAAGGAUGAAACAGCAAUUGAGGAGAAGCAAUUAAGGAAACAUUCUUCUCAUAGUAAAGUAGAGGGGUUAGCCUUUUCCCUCCUUCAGAGUCAGAAUGUAGAGGCAGCAGAGGGACAGACAAACAUGAAUGGAGCCAAAGAGGAGAUCCAUCCCAAAGGAAAAGGAAAAGCCACCAAACUGAAGAAAGUAAAAAAGGCACUGAAGGAUAAGACACCUCCUUAUGAUAUGCAAAAGAAUACUAUGACAAAAGUUAAGAAGCAAAAAGAUAAAGAGAGUCCAUCCAUUCAGCAGGGCUCCUCCCAUAAAAAGAAGAAAGAUGCCGUUCCUGCAGUGGGAAAAAGUAUGCUGAAAGAUGGAACAGCCCCAGCCCUCAAAGUAGGGGGAAAAACUCACAAAGGGAAAAGAUGUCCAGCUAAUAUGGAGCACUCAAUCUCAAACAAAACAGAUUCUGAGAGCAGUCCAUGCAGAAGUCCUCAGGAUGAAAGAGACUCAAGCUCUAUCAGCAGUCCAGGUUGGUCUAGUAAGAAAUCAGACUCCCAGGAGGAGGCCUCUCUGCGGCUGAGGCGAGGGUGCAGACGGACUGAUGAAGCGUUGCUCAGAGACUUGAGCUCCACUGCUCCACCUACUCCUCCCCCUCUAGACCCCCCCCCUACACCACCUCCUACCCCACCACCCCCUGUACCAAUUCGCCGGCCGCGCGGCAGGCCUCGAAUCAAUCCUCUGCCUGAAGAGGUUGAUGUAGACAAGGACAGGCCUAGUGAGGGUGGACACACCUCUUCAAUAAAGAAGAGGAAACGCUGCAAGAAUCGUAAAUAUCAAAAUGGGGAAUACAUAACAGAGAGGGAUAAGGUGGCAGAUGGAGAGGAGGAGAAGCUGGCCGUGGAAGAUGGUGAGGCCACUAAUGAGAAGAUGGGUGCGUACCCAUGUCUCAGUAGCACGCUGACCAGUGGAGUGCCCAGCCCUGACAUCAGUCCUAGGCGGACCCUGUUCACACGCUCUGGCUCGACACGACCUCAGGAGAGUCCUCCUACCCCACUGCCUAACGACAAACCCUCGGGGAAGAGGAAGUUUAAAAGUAAACACUUAUGUGAUACAGAGGAUCAGAAAAAGCUCAAGACUAAGAGAAACAGCUUGGGCAAACGCACAGGGAACUUCGUACCAGAUGAGGAUGUUCCCGUUGCCAAGAAAACCCCAACAUCUAAUGCUUCUCCCAAACAGUCAAGCUCCCCCCUGUCUAGUAAAAAAGGAACAGCUGGGAAAAUCCCUGAAUCUACUCCAAGCCGUCCAGUGCCUCCUGAAGUCCGUCGACUGAUCGUGAAUAAGAAUGCAGGAGAGACGCUGUUACAGAGAGCUGCUAGAUUAGGUUACCAGGAUGUAGUUUUAUAUUGCUUGGAAAAGGAUGUGCGAGAGGUGAACCGCCGUGACAACGCAGGUUACACGGCACUGCACGAGGCCUGUGCACGUGGCUGGACUCACAUUGUACAGGUGCUGCUCAAACAUGGUGCAGAUGUUAACUGCAGCGCACAGGAUGGAACACGCCCUAUUCAUGACGCAGUUGCAGCCGAUAAUCUAGCAGCUGUCUGGAUGCUGUUAAAUCAUGGGGCGGAUCCCACACUGGCAACUUACUCUGGUCAGACUGCAAUUAAACUAGCCCAGAGUCCCGGAAUGAAAACUUUCCUCAAAGAGUAUCUCACUGAUUUAGAGGGCCGAACUGACCAAGAUAGUCUACAGUGGGAUUUCUACAGUAGUUCUGUGUUUGAAACAGAGCAGCAACCUUGCUGGGAUUUUCUAUUGUCUCAGCCUGAGGAAGAAGGUGGGGAGCGGGUGAAAGACAGAGAUACUUAUACAGACAGUUUUCUUUUUGAGUUCUCUUCUGAGCCCCUCCUACCCUGCUACCAUGUUCAAGUAUCAUUGACGCAGGGUUUUUGCAACUGGUUCUUGCUAACAGACGUGCUGAAGCGGCUAAAGAUGUCAGCACGGAUUUUCCAGGCUCGGUACCCUCAGUUUGAAGUGGCCAGCAUCGCUCAGGCAGAGCUGUGGAAACAGGACUCUGUCAGUCAGACUUGCACAAUCCCGGACGAACUCCAGCCAGGCGAGGAAGAUGAAGGGGAGGAGAUGAUGGAGCUGGUGCGCUGCGUGCCAGAGUUACAGGAACUGUUAGGCUCCUCCAUACAGAUCCUCAGAGAAGAUGAGGACCAGACAUCAGGAGUCAACACCAGCCCUAGCAGUCGAUAGCGACUCCUGCUCUAAAUCUGUUUCCAGGCCCAGAACAGUCCCUCUGCACUCCCUCCAGUGUCUACAGCCGUUGGAUCUAAACGGGGAGCAGCGAGGUGCCGUCCACUGUUGUGCAAAGGUCCUUGUCAUUGCAACUGAUGGCCUGUUACCAGUACCAGCACUUUGUACAUUCAGUGUCAGCCAGAAAGGUCCUAUUUCCUCAAAGACAUUCUUAUCAUUGGCCACCUUCCCCCUCAGUAAUGAAAUGGGGUGCUAGGGAGCGACUUUGCCAUGCCCUUACCCCAGGGAGAAAGGCUGGAGAAAGACUCCACUGGGAAGCAACUUUCAGGUUCCUAUCUGUAGGUAUUUUUCAAUAUUCAAUAAUUAUAAUUUUGUUUUUUAUAUAUAAACCUAUAUGUAUAAGUAAAUAUAUAUGUAUAUCUUGCCAUCAGGGUGAACGCAUAUGAGUGUAACUUAUCAUGUUUUAUGUUUGUAAUUGAUGGAAUGUGAGUCCUUUAGAAAGAGUGGUAAUCCAAGUCUUUUUUAACUUGGUAAACUAAAUGUGUGUAGCUAAGAGGCUUACGUCAAGCUAACAGCGGCAGGAAUGCCUUUGGGCCAGAUGGUUCCUGUGUAAACCUUCGAGAAUCUUUCUGCUCUGAGAAGCCCCCUUACCUUCAGCAUAUGUUCCUCGCCGCAGCCCUCCAUACCUCAGCAGCACAACUCUCACACUGAAGCUCUGCCUAUAUCAUUACACUUUCCCUAGAUAGAUUCGCUAUUACGUCUCAUUUGCAUUGUAGCAGGCACGGGAUUGUUCUCUUGCAGUCCUGUGCCACCCAACAUUUGUUUAACUUUUGCUGUUAAAGUCAGCAGGUUGAUCCGCUAUUAGUAAGAAGUUGCUUUAUCCACAAUUAUUUUAAGAUAUAAAUUGGUAUCUGCCUUCUGAACCGAUGUCAACCUUGAAAAUGAAGUGGUAAAUUGAAAACAAGGCUGUUUUUGUAGAAUUUUCUUUCUUUUUUUAGACUCUUCUAGAGCUUCUUUUCUAGAUUCUGUCUUUAAUUGCUUUCUAGUGCUCAUUUUUUCCUGGUGCACCAGAUUCUGGUGUGCUUUGUGGCGCGUGAUGUUUUAUUUACACUGAUUGUUGUUUGUGCUUAAUUUAAUAGUCAUUAAUAUAUUUGACCUUUUUUUGUGUGUGUAUCAGACAAAUUAUAUAUGAGAAAUGCUUUGUAUUGUUGGUGCUUUAUUUGAAAUGUACAAUUAAUGAUCCCUUUAUCCUGAGUUGUUGUUUUCCCACACUGCGAACAGUAUUUUAACAGGCUAAAGUACAGUUUUAUUGUACUGGUGCUAAGCUAGAUUUUGUGUUGACAAUCAAUGAAGUUUUGUUUGAACUGAAACCAAUAAAUGAUAUUUAAAUGAAGAGACAGAGAUGUAAAGCUAGAGUUUAGUUUCACUACUUAUGGAAAUACAGCAAGACAUGAAGAAAGUUCUUGGUUAUAAAGGCAUAUUGCUUCAGUGAUCUCUAUUCAAAGAGGAAAGCUGUUUAUUUGAUUCUUUAUAUGAAGAAAUCAACCAGAAUAAAGCAUGAUUGUCAAGUCUUGCUUGUGAUUUUCACUGUGUUUGUUGCAUCGGAUAUUCUUAAAGAGGACGGAAGGACAAUCAUUAAUUAACGCAAUAAGACUUGGGUUGCAGUGAUUUUACCCAUGAUAAUGCACAUAUUUUGGUUUUAUUUGAAUUUAUAUUAUGAAUUUGUCCGGUCCUGGGUGGUGAAUGUUCAAUGACUGCUAUGACCUCUUCACAAAGCUUUUAUACUGCAAGUAUCUCUCCGCAGCAUAUUUUUGCAUAGCAACGUUCUGUUUACUGUCUAUUGUCAGGGACUAGUGGAUGGGUGACUGUGGCAGGGUGAGACAGACACAGUUGGUGUGGCAUCAUAUAUAAUAAUAAUAAUAAUAAUAAACAUAAAAUGUCCAAAAGGGGGGAAUAAAUAUUGUCCAGGGGGAAUGGUGAUAAAAAUAAUACAUUUGGUAUUCUUGAG